AUUUCCUGUUAUUGGCAAUGACCAGGAGGACGACGUUGAUUUGUAAACCAAAGCAUGAAACAAAAGUGCGUUGUGUGUUCCGAUUGCGAGAUAAGAUAAGCUUCUGGAUCCAGCCAUUAACCAGUGAGGAUGACGCUAUGGAUGUACCUGCGAACUUUCUUGUGUGAUGAUCCUGCUUUGUUCCUCUUUGGUGGUAAUAAGACGGCUUCCUUCUUUUGUUACCUGAAUUCCGUUCUUCAACGAAGGCAUAACUGUGAUGUGCAUAAAGUCCGGCGAUGAAACAGACUAGAAAACCGCUGAAGAUGUCGAAGCUUGUGCCAGAUAAAACAGCGAAAAGGCAGGUAAAACAUAUGCUUGCGGAGAUAUAGGAUGUUGCCAGAUGAAGAAGACACUCCAACUCGUCCCGGUGUUUUCCAUCGUGCACCUGGAAUGGGAAAAGAUCCAAGGGAAUCCGCAGAUCAACAACGUAUAACCAUCCAUGGGAACGCAUAAACAGAUACCGAUGCCGCAGAGGAGGUGGGGGUGCGCGCGCGCACGCACGCAACGGUUCUGUUUAGAACACGGGAGAACAGCCACUGGUUUUGACAGUGAAACUUCGCAACCUGACGAAAUAAUGAUUCAUCCUCAAGCCCCAAACAUCGCGGAACUGUUACGGAAGCAGCAACGGUGGGCGCAGCAGCAGCGAGCAGUGGAGUUCGCGUUGCAGAUCAUGCUGCCACCACGUUGUUGUUUGCCGCCGUUCCGCCACACCAUCCGCCAACAGAUCUCAAGACCGGUUCUUUCGCGAAGGGCAGAAGACAUUAAAAAAGGCACGCUGGGUUGUAAUUAGGCGCGAAGUGAGGAGUGAAAUUGCGGAUACGUGCGUCAACGCAACAGCAGCAGCACCACCAGUCCUAACAAUAUGCGGUCGUCGUCUAAGUGGCCGUGCUGCGUCUGAGUUCAAAACUACUUCACCGCAGUGUGCCUUGGGUGGAAACGGUGGGAGAAAACGCAACGAGUUAGCAGCAGCAUCGUGCUCAGGUGCGCCACCGUAUAGUAAACGUAGUAACCGUUUGCGGCAGGAAAAAAAAAUACUCAAGCGGCAGACCGGCGGCAUUCGUCACCGGGAACACGGGCCGGCAAAAUGUCCGCAUCGUCAAAUUGGGACAAGUUUGUGCUGCUGCUGUGGAAGAACUGGAUCAUCCAGAAGCGCCACUACAUGCAGACACUAUUCGAAAUCGUAAUCCCCGUAGUGGCCUGCUCGAUGUUGAUUAUGGUGCGAGGGCUCAACACACCGAUAAACCACACUUCGGUGACCGUGCACGAACCGCUGAAUUUGCUGAGCCUAGCACCGAUACGCGUAAUGUUGACCAACAAUCCGAUCAACCUGAAGAUCCUCUAUUCACCCCAGAAUGAGUUGUUCGAGCGUGUGAUAGGUCGUGCCGCGAGAAUGCUGGGAACGGAUGUGCAACACCAGGGCUACAAUGAUACCGACCGGAUGUUUAAGGAUCUCAUCGCAAACAACUUCCUGGCCGGCGUGGAGUUUGGCGAUGAAUAUAGUAACAUCACCCAGCUACCGGAACAGCUGACCGUAAACUUGCGAUUCCCGAGCGAAAUGCGUACGGCCAUGCUACCGGGUGCUAGCUUCUGGGCCAGCUGGCAAACGUUCUCCAUCUUCCCCCGGUAUCAAAUGUACGGUGGCCGUGCGGUCAAUGUAAGCGAUGGUGGCUAUCCGGCCAACUACUACGCCGAAGGGUUCGCGUCCCUCCAGAAUGCCAUCAGUUGGGCCGUGCACGAGCUACGUGGGGGAACCGUUGGAUCAUCGGUGUUGCUCAGGCGCUUUCCAUACCCACCGUUCUACGACGAUCCGCUACUGUUCGGUCUGGAGUCGCUGUUUCCGGUCAUCAUUAUGAUAGCGUUCUUCUAUUCCUGCAUCAACACGGUUAAGUUUAUUGCACUCGAGAAGGAACGGCAGCUCAAGGAGUCGAUGAAGGUGAUGGGACUGAGCGGUUGGAUACACUGGGCGGCCUGGUUUGUGCGCACCUUUCUCCUGAUGUCACUCUCCAUCAUCCUCGUGACGGUGCUGCUGACGUGCAAUCUCACCACCAACACGACGGUGGCCAUCUUCGAGUUCUCGGACCCGUUUCUAAUCUGGGCGUUUUUGGUCGUGUUCGGCAUUACGACAAUCAUGUUCUGCUUCAUGCUGAGCACGUUCUUCUCAAAAGCUAACAUCGCAGCCGGUAUGGCCGGUAUCGUGUGGUUCUAUUCGCUCGCACCGUACCAGCUAACGUUUAACGUGUACCAAAGCAUGUCCUUCGCCACCAAACUAGUCAUGAGCCUGUGGAGCAACACGGCCAUGGCAUACGGAUGUUCGAUGAUCAUGAAACACGAAGGAACGGCCAUGGGACUGCAGUGGAGCAAUCUCUUUCAGCCGGUCAGCGUCGAUGAUUCGCUCACGAUGGCGCACGUCUUCGGUAUGCUGGUAUUCGAUGCCGUGCUCUACCUUGCCAUCGCACUGUACGUCGAACAGAUCGCUCCCGGUCAGUUCGGUGUGCCACGGCCCUGGAACUUCCUGUUCACCAAAGAUUUCUGGGCCGGUGAAGUGUUCCGCUUGAGGACGGCAACCGAAUCGACUACGAGGAGCGAGGAUGAAACGGCGGAGCGAGCACGCCUAAAUACCAGCCAGCGAUAUCUGGCCAACAUGGAGAGUGAACCGACGGACAAACCGAUCGGAAUUGCCACGAUCGGACUGCGGAAGGUGUAUGAUGCGAAACCGGCACCCCGUGUAGCCGUCCAGGGGCUGACAGUAAACUUCUACCGUGAUCAGAUUACGGUCCUACUCGGUCACAAUGGUGCAGGCAAAACGACAACGAUGGGCAUGCUGACCGGGAUGUUCCCACCGACGGACGGUUAUGCUACGAUCGAGGGUCAUCCUAUUGCAAGCAGAGGAGCAGGAGUGCAGAAGCGUAGCUUCCGGAGUGUGCUGGGUUUCUGCCCGCAGCAUAAUGUCCUGUUCGAUGAGCUUACGGUUGCGGAACACAUACGCUUCUUUUCCAUGCUGAAGGGUAUCGCCGGCGAGGAGGAGAUCGAGGCCGAAAUCGGAAAGUAUUUGCGUGCGCUCGAGCUCGAGUUCAAACGGGAUGCACCAUCGUACACACUAUCCGGUGGUAUGAAGCGACGGUUAUCACUCGCCGUUGCUCUUUGUGGUGGCUCAAGGGUGGUGUUUGCCGAUGAACCGACAUCCGGCAUGGAUCCCGGUGCGAGGCGUACCGUGUGGGACCUGCUGCAACGGGAGAAACGCGAUCGUACGAUCGUAUUAUCGACACACUUCAUGGACGAAGCCGAUGUACUCGGAGAUCGGAUUGCGGUCAUGUGCGACGGUGAACUGCGGGCCAUCGGGACACCGUUCUUCCUGAAGAAACGUUUCGGCGCCGGUUAUCGGUUAGUGUGCGUCAAACGACCGGAUUGUCAACCGGCGGUGCUAACCAAACUGCUCGGACGCUUCGUACCGAACGUGGUGAUCGAAUCGGAUAUUGGUACCGAGCUGAGCUACCGGUUACCUGAACAUUACCGUGGCAGCUUCCAGGUGGCACUGCAGGAGUUGGAGAAGAACGUCGAUCGGUGCGGUAUCUCGAGCUACGGUAUUUCGCUCGCUACGAUGGAGGAAGUGUUUAUGAGGCUAGGCAGUGACGAUAUGCGUAUCAGCGAGCAGAAUGGGACUGCACCAAAGCAGCAGCAAGCAGCGGAACAGCAACAGCAGAAGGUUGGUGUCCCCUCAGCUCCCCAGAUCACCAUCACCGAGACGUACGAGCCAUUGACGGGCAAUCGGCUUCGGUGCAGCCGCAUUUGGGCUAUGGUGAUCAAGAAGUAUCUCAGCUUUAUUCGCUCGUGGAAGAUCUCCACGAUACAGGUUCUGCUGCCGACCGCAUUCGUCCUGCUGGUGAUAGGGAUUGUACAGAUCAUGCCCAAUCAAACGAUGCUACCUCCGUUGAACAUCACCCUGGCGAGCUAUGACCAUACCAGUACGAUCCUUUCAACGAAUGAUCAAUCCACGGCGGUCGCUACAGCGUACGGUGAGUUGAUCCGGGAGGCAAAGGCACGCACACAGGCCGGCUCUCAUGAGCUGAUCGUGACGGAGCAAGACUUUGGAGAGUUUAUACUGGAUAAGUACGCUCAAAGCGUUUACAAGGUCAACAAGGAUUACAUGAUCGGAUGCACACUGAACACCUGGACAAAUGUACACACGGUGUGGUUUAACAAUAAGGGUUUCCACACGGCACCGCUCUCGUUGAGUCUGCUACAUAACGCGAUCGCUCGUACGGUCUGCCGUAACUGUAGCAUCACGAUCGUGAACAAACCGCUCCCCUACAGCACCCACGUGCGCUUUCUGCGUACCCAGAUCGGCAGCAAUCUAGGCUUUCAGCUGUCCUUCAACACCGGCUUCGCGAUGGCGUUCGUCGGUGCGUUCUACAUCAUGUACUACGUCCGGGAGCGUGCCUCCGGCUCGAAGCUGCUCCAGUUUGUGGCCGGCGUGGAACCGCUAACCUUCUGGGGCGUUUCGUUCCUCUGGGAUUUGGCCGUCUACUGUGUGGCAAUGGCACUGUACAUUGCCACACUGGCGGCCUUCGGUGAGGAAGGUUGGUCAACGGUGGACGAACUGUGGCGCGUGGUGCUCGUGUUUCUUUCCUUCGGUCUAGCGGUCCUUCCAUUCACCUACCUCGGUGCCUACUGCUUCGAUGUACCGUCGACCGGGUUCAUCAAGAUGCUGAUCUUUAACAUCUUCAGCGGGACCGUCAUGUUUACGGCCGUGUUUUUGCUGCAGGUGAAGGAGUUCGAUCUGACGCACGUCGCGGAACGGCUCGAGUGGCUCUUUAUGGUGUUUCCCGUGUUUGCGCUCACGCACGGUCUCAACAACAUCGGUGUGAUGGAAACGACGAAACAGAUUUGUAGUGCCUUCUGCGAAGCGACACCCUUCUGUACGGAGAAAAUUGUUUGCAAACUGCGUAAGGAGUGCUGUGAGU